AAUAUUCAGUUAGAAAGAAAGAUUCUGAUGAUGAUGAUUUUGAUAUUUCUUCGUAUAUUUGCAAUUGUUGUGACUUUCAGUCACGACAAUUGCCCUGCAAACAUGUGCUUGCCAUUUUAUCACAAAGUCAUCUAAACGAUGAAAGUAUUGACGACAACCAACUACUACUCGUGGAUGUGGAAUCUAGUUAUUCUAAUUCCAAUAUUUCUUGUAAUCUUUCAACAGAUAAAAGAA